AUGUCCGGGAUAGUGACACGGCUUGUAGCCGGAGGUGCCUCUGUAACUCGAGGACUACUUGGAAUUCGAAAUCCCCAAAUGUUGCAAUCAACCGCGGGAUUCAAGGUGAAAUCUCGCUUAAAGCUACGAUGCAAACACUGCUACUUUAUUCGUGUGAAUGGACGCCUUCAUGUUGAAUGCACUGAACAUCCACGACAUAAAGCCAGGGAAAUAUUCAAUGUCAAACUACUUUGGUAG